GCCGCGCUUUUAGAGGGAGAGUCAGACCAACUCUCAAGUCUCCAUCACUAAACAUCAUGAGCAAGACCGUGUUCUUCGUGCUGUCCAUGCUGGUGGUGCUGGCCACCGCCAAACCCGCCCCCAACCCUGAGCCUGAGCCUGAGGCUAAGGCAGACCCUGGAUACCUUAGUUACGGAGGAUAUGGCGGACACGGAGGUUUUGGUGGAUUCGGAGGUUAUGGUGGCUACGGAGGUCAUGGUGGCUUUGGAGGCUUUGGUGGCUUUGGUGGUUUCGGUCACGGAGGAUAUGGCGGCUAUGGCCACGGUGGCUACGGUUAUGGUCAUGGUGGUUAUGGUGGAUAUGGAUAUCAUGGUUAAUUUCAUCGUCUGCAGGAAAAGACGGAAAAUGGUUUCGAUUGCGUGAGAAUCAAUUGUGAUCGUUAAAAGCUAUUUUUAGGAAUAAAUCUUAAUGGUCAAA